AGGGUUAAUACGGUAGGGGCGGGGCCAGGGAGGCCAGCCCCGGAACAUGGACUGCAGAUAUUUUAUGCAGGCCUGGCUACGGGACUGUGGGGUUUAGGCAGGUUUGGGGUUUCCAAACAUCAGCGUUUACUCUGAGGAUCCUCCAAGAUGACCUACAUUACAGAGUGGGGGUGUAAGUUCAGGAGGAGCUGAGAUUUAACUUGGACGGAUGAGCCUGGACCGCAGCUGGUAUUGACUGCGAGAGUCAGCUGAGCUGGACUGGUCAACCUCGCUAGCUAUCUGGACAAAGACUCCUUUAUUGCUGAGCACUACAGAGAAGGAAAGCAUGGAGGGCUUCGAGGGAGCCAGCAGCGGCGAGACCGUGCUGGAUUUGUCUCAUCUGAACUUCAACAGCGUGAGUUUCGAAGCCCUGAGCGACAAGAGGAGAGAAGUGACCAGGCAGCUCCAUCUGUGCUACAACAGGCUGUCGGAGCUUCCAGCCUCCAUCCAGCGCUUCAGCAACCUCGAGUUCCUGGACCUGAGCAACAACGGACUCUCGGUGCUGAACGAGGGCAUCACCCGCCUGACCAAGCUCAGGACCCUCAUAGCCAAGAACAACCGCCUGGACGAGUUCUCCCUGCCCAAAGAGUUCGGCUCCCUGCAGCUGGAGGUGCUGAACUUCAGCGGGAACCGCUUCGAGGAGAUCCCGGCGCAGGUCCUCCAGCUCCGCCGCAUGCAGUCGCUGUCGCUCGGGGGGAACAGGCUGAAGAGCAUUCCGGCCGAGAUCGAGAGUCUCACCAGUUUGGAGUUGCUGUAUCUGGGAGGGAAUCUAAUCUCUGAUAUUCCAGCGGAGCUCGCAAACCUGCCUGCCCUCAGUUAUCUGGUACUAUGUGAUAACCGCAUCCAGAGCAUCCCCCCACAGUUCACCAGGCUUUAUUCCCUGCGUUCCCUCAGUCUCCAUAACAACCUUCUGACCUAUCUGCCCCGCGAGAUCCUCAGCCUAGUGCAGCUCCAGGAGCUCAGUCUCCGUGGCAACCCUUUGGUCGUGCGCUUCAUCAAGGACAUGACAUAUGACCCCCCUUCGCUGCUGGAGUUGGCGGGUCGUACCGUCAAAACACGCAACCUUCGCUACUCAGAAGAGGACCUACCAGGUCAUCUGGUCAAUUACCUGGACCUUGCCAGCAAGUGCCCCAACCCCAAGUGUGCGGGUGUGUACUUCGACUCGUGCGUGCGCCACAUCAAGUUUGUUGAUUUCUGUGGGAAGUACCGGCUGCCGCUCAUGCAGUACCUGUGUUCCCCAGAAUGCACCUCUCCCUGCAGCUCAAACCCACAGAGCGAUGCCGACUCGGACGAUGACCAGACCGUGCCGGCUGACCGUCUGCAGAGAGUGCUGUUGGGAUAGCGCUGUUUAUUCACUCCUAUGCUCCUUUUCUUUCACUCUCACUCACUCUGGUGCUACUUCACCAAACACUGAACUAUGUGACAUGUUUCAGGUCUGCUAACUGAGGCCAAAAAUACUUUUUCUAUGUUCAUUUUGAAGCAUGUUGAGAAUGAAGUGCUCCUGAGUGAUGGGAGAGCUUUUCUACACACACUCCUAGUAACUCUAAUAACUGUCUGUUGAAAAAAGGCACAUCUAUUCCUUUUGUAACCAAGUAAUUCAGAGUCACUUUGUUUCUUUGUUUUGGAGACGGAAGAGAGCAUAACGGGCCCGCAGCAGUGUGUCUGUCCCUGCUCAUGUGUGUUUACACAAUUAAAGACUGUUAAAAAAGACAGUUAAAGCAUUAAAGGGAGUUCAGUCAUUUAGGGCGGUUUGUUGUGAAAUGGUUCAUUUUAGAGAAACAUCCAAGCUCCGAUUUCUUUACGGUGUUGGCGAUAGGAACCAGGGUUCUAAAGCAUACAACACAAAUGUGGGUUGUAGCGUUGGGCAGUGUCUACCUAACUGGCUUAAGGUUGGGAGGGUGGGGGUAGUAUUCUUUAUUCUUCUCGACACAUGUUCAUCAGUUUAGAUCUCUGGGUAAGUAAACUAUAGUUUUCCCUACAUUUAAAGCAGACCCUGGAUUAAAGCAGGCAAAGCUUGUUAGUGGUGCGAAGGGGCAGCAGAGCACUGUGCUUUUUGCUUGGAGUGAAAAGCGUCAGGUGUUCUGUCUCACUCUGAAAUCACUCCAGCCCAGUCCUUUUUUUCCACACCUGACAUUAGUGAUGCGGCAAGGCUUGGGGCAAAAAGGUGGAGCGUCACUGUGCUGAAAUAUCCGGCAGCCAGUGACAGUGGACAGUGGCGUGGUCUAUCGUAAAUAUACAUGUCCAAAAUGACCACACGAUUUCUCAGUUUUUAUGUGUAAUGUUUAUAAUGGUAAACUGGUGAGAGGAAUAUGUUUUGUUUGGGGACUAUUGUGCCUUGAUGAUUUAGCUUUUAGAGGCAUUAAACUCUUCAGACAUCUGGUUCCUAUCACUACCACUUUGAAUAAUUCUUACUGUUUCUCUGAAAUAGAGCUUUUUGGCCAAAAGUAUAAAAGAUUUUUUUUUUUUUCUGCAAAACAAGACUGUACAAUAACUUUUUCAAACCAUAAAAUAUCUAAAAACUAAAUUUUGUAUCGAAUCUGUAUUUGAACAGAAUUACUCUUUUUCAGUUAGCUAGGGGUUAAUAAAUAUCAACUUUUAAGGGUUAAACAGACAGCCUUUACCAUGUAGUGCCAAAAUCAUCUGACCCUGUUAAGUAAAGAACAGUUGUUGUGUUUAGUAGCUUUUUAUUUUAACCAGUUUUAAUCGAGGUGCCUUAGUGUAUGCAUGAAAAAUGAAAUCUUUUGAAGUGCUUAGCUCUUAUGGACUUUAUAGCGCUCAGUGCAAGACUCUUAAGUCUAGUUGGUGAAACUGCAGAGGUGUGGGGGUCUCUAAAUGCUGUCUUAUUCUUGAUAAAUGACGCACAGAUCCAUAGAUUCACUGUGAAGUUAACAAAAAGGAUAAAAGGUGGGAGCAACUGAAGGUGAUCUUGCUUAAAUAGGUUGAGCAAGAGAUUUAAAGAUGCAUGUGAAUGUGUGUAUGUGUGUGUGUUUUGUGUGGCCUUCAAUGGACUUGCCAGUGGCCUCAACUUUUGGCCUUGCAGUUAUUUUUUAACUGUCCUACUUCUCUGAGGCUGUUUAUCAGCCUCUGGCUGCAAAUGCGCACAGCUUUCAUUUUUAUGUUGCUUUUCAUGUUUGUUUGCUUUUUUGUGCAUAAAAAUGCAUUUGCUGUCUUGUAAGAUAGCUGUUACAUCCUUUUGGAGCUUAAAACUAUUGACAAAGGGGAAGAAAAAAAACCAGGAAAUCUUGCAUUCAGUUCCAAAGGUCACUGUUAGCAGACAAUGAUAAAAACCAUCUGACCUGUUAAAGAAUGUCAAUCUUUGCUGUUUUAAAUGAGAUAUGGACUUGUGCUUUUGGGCUGGAUCAGCAAGGAUCAGAAGGCGUCAGCAUUUUUUUCAUUUAUUUAUUAUUAUAUUCUCAAAUAUAUGAGAACUAAAUGCAUUCAUUAUUGUUAAGGUACAUGAAGUUCUAUUAAAGUAAUUUAAUGUGGCUAAUUAUCCAUGCCUUCGCUUUCCUCAACUGGUACUCAAUUGGAAACACACCAUUCCUGUUGUAUUUCAGAAUGCUUGCGGUUUUUCAUCACAUUUCUUUGACUGAAAGUCAGGCUGUUAGGCUACACAGCACACUCUGAAAGUUGUGCCUUGAGCUUAACUUGGUGAAUGAAAUUUCAUUUUACGUUUUACUUCAAUGACAAUAACUAUGCAGGCAAAUAAUGUUGAUCUGUAUUUUACAUUACAUUACAUUACAUUUACAUUUAGCAGACGCUUUUAUCUAAAGCGACUUACAAAUAAUGUGGUACAUAGAACAAACAUAGUCAGGCCUUAAAGGAGGCCAAGGGGUAAUAGCGGGGUAGAGAAGGGAAGGAGGGCAAUUUAACUCUGUAUGUGUUGCUUUUAUACCAAGUAAUCUUCUAUCAGCUGUUUUAGGUCUCUAUGAUAUGCAAUGAUAGAAUGUAUUUCAUUAAAAAUAAUGAAGUCUCUGCUCUCACCUCUAGUGGUUUGUAGAAAUGCACUUUUUCCACUAAUACAGAAACUCACAAUAAAGUUUAUUAUUAAAGAAAAAAAUUAAA